UAAAAAAUAUAAUAUAUAUAAUAAAUAAUUUGAUUAUUUUUCAGAUAAAUAUAAGAAGAAAAAAUAUAAUAAUAUAAACAAAAUAUAUAAAACCGUAUAAUACACCAUGAGCAAUCAAACACCACUGUCGGCGGAGUAUCCACUAACACUACAAGCAAUUGAUUUCUUUGAAAAACUUAGAGAUGAAUUAUUAAACGGCCCUCACCACCAAUAUAUAAGACGGAAUAGAAUUUGUGUAGGAUGUUUUAAACAACAUGUCAGAGAAGCGAACAGAAAAAUGAGUAUGCCGUUGAACCCUUACGUAUUAAACAGGGCAAUGAUACCUGUUACGGCGUUUAUACACGCGGUAAUAAAUCAACCGAACGCAGAGAGAUCGGUGUGUGUAGAAGUGGGGGAGAUACUACAAGAUGUUAUUGCUCGACGGAUUAUUUCGGUUAAUCACUUAUUCGAAGAAUAAAAAAAAAAAAACAAACAGGAAAAAAUAUAUAUAAUAAUAAUAAUAUACAUAUAUAAAGAAUUUAAAUAAUUAUAAUGUUAUGAGUGUUUUAUUUCUAGUUCACAGAUCCGUUUCUUCAUAGUGGAUUUCGAGUUCACUAUGAUGAACAAAACCGAGAUAUUAUUAGUAUCCGGCGCCAUAUCAAACAGCUUAAACAAAUAUAAACCAGAAAAACUGGAAGGGAGCCCUCUUGUGUUGACACAGGACAAUAAGCUAAGGAGGUUCCGGCGCCGUGAUCUAAACAAGGUCGUGCAAAGUAUCAAAAGGGUAUUCAG